AUGCUGAGUAGGAUAAAGCAAACUAUAAAGCCAAUGGGGGACGAAAUCAGUCAUACUGGCGAAAGAAUCAGACCUACUUCCCUGCUAUUGCCUAGCUUACCUGAGAUAUUCUAUCUAUUCCGGCUACUGGUGCUAGUGUUAAACGGCUUUUUAAUACUAUAUAUGAUAUCUGUUACUAUCGAUAUGGUCGCAGAGAUAAAGGAGCUAGAGCAGUAUUUUACUCUACAUAAGAUUAAGGCGGCCAGAGAACAGGAUACGGAGUAUACAGAGAAGGUUAAGAUUGAUGGUAUUAGUGAUAAUAAGGAGGAAAAGCUAGCUGUAGCUGAGGAGGAAGAGCCAGCUAUAACUAAGGAGAGGGAGGAGAUAGCUAGAUUAAGUAGUCAUGAUCUUAAUGAGCUACAGCCAUUACAGCCUCUAUUGCUAUCUCAGCUAUCCCAGAUUCGUAUAUCAGGACGAAAGCGUAAAGCUAGGACUGACGAUAUUUUUGAGAUUUAUUAG